AAAGGAGCCCUCUCUAAAACAGCAGAUCUUUUCCCUCACUCAACAGCUGCAGAACCUGAAACGUGCUAUAAUUUUUUUAGUUGAAAUAUAAGCUUCCGUCUUCACCAGCUAUGACAGAAGAAAUAACAUAUGCGGAUCUGGAAUUUAAUAAAUCUUAUGCACUGGAAAAUAUCCCAAAGCCUGACGCUCCUGUGGAAAAAGGGCUCCCCUCCUCAUCCUCCACAUGGCGUCUGGCUGCCUUGACUUUCCUCAUACUGUGCUUGGCAUUGCUGCUAGGGAUGUUAGCCCUUGGGAUUGUGUUUUUUCAGGUUUCCAAUGACUUCCAGAAACAAAUUGGGAGCCUCAGGAGGAACCAGGAAACUCUGCAAACAAAUUUUUCAAAAAGAAUGCAAGAUAUGAAAGAUCAUUUGUGUCUUAAAGGAGAGGAAAAUAAUGAGAAUAAUGGACCCAGUUGUACACUGUGCCCUGCAAGCUGGCAAUGGAUGGGAGGUGACACCUGCUUCUACAUAUCAAUGCAGAAGAGGUCAUGGGAAGAGAGCCAGAGGUUCUGCUCCUUACAGAAUUCCACCCUUCUCAUGCUAAAACACAGACAUAAGCUGAACCAUGUACUUCCAAGAGAGAAUACACAAUAUUACUGGAUUGGUUUACAUAAAUCUGGAGAGAACAGCUGGUAUUGGACGGAUGGCUCAGCUGUUUUGACACAGAAAGUAGAUUGGAUUGACUUGUAUUCAUCCUCUAAUUGUGGAUACCUAUACAGAGAAAAAAUUUACAGUUACUACUGCACAGAGAAGUACUUCUGUAUCUGUGAGAAAGCAGCUGUCAAACUAAGGGUUCAAUGAUGAAAAUCAAGAAACAUUAACUGGAAAGAUUCUUAGAAAUGCGUGAGGUAGAGCGUAACGUGAGCUGACAGUCCCCAGAUCCAUUCAGCUAGGUUUGCAGGAUUCUCACUGAAAGGCUCUCCUCUCUGAAAUGUACUGCCUCGCAGAUCCAGCCGAGGACUCCUCUGCACAGACAUUGCACUGGUGUAUCUGGGGCAGAGUCGGCCAAUGUGGUGUCUCGCUGUUAAACGUUGGGGUGGGUCUUAAAUGUAGAUUUUAGUUCAGUUGAAUUUUGUACUAUUUGUAUUGUACUCUUUUUAAAAUGUUGCAUGCUUUAUCUCCUGUGUUAUUUUUAUACUACUGCAUGUGGAUCAAUCAGUUUAAGGGCCUUUUCUGUAUAGUACAUGUGCUUUGAUCUUUGAUCAGGUGUCAUUUAAAAAUUUGAAUAAAAGUAGUAUCUUUUA